GAACAUUGCAUACAUGAAUCAAAUAAAAAUACUUAUAUAAACAUAAACACCAAUUUCGCUACCCUCAUUAACAAUAUGUACUCUGCUAAAACAGCCCUCUCAUUCCCAGAGAAUGGUUAUCCCGACAAACAAAGCGUUUUGGAGGCUGUAAACAAAAAGGGUCUUUCUAACAACUUUACCGUCAAGAUUAAGGAGGGGAAGUUUACAACACUUCAUCUUGCUUGUUCAAAGGCAGGUGCCUAUUGGGAUAAGUGUAACAUCAGUGAGGAAAAAAGAAAAAAAGGCUCUAACUCUUCCCUCACUGGAUGCCCCUUUCUGUUGAGAUUCUCUUUUAAAAAGAAGAGCAACAUAUAUCUUUCUUUUUCCACCCGUGGGGACAAUAAAAAUUGUCACGAUCACCCUGUUAUCCCUGAGAACUUGGUUUCUUCUCACCAAGGAAGAAUAUCUCUUUUGACUACUGAUGAUACCGCCAUCGCAAAGACAAUGUUGGAAACUCACACCAAAUCCCGCGAUGUUCAAAAGGCAACAAGUGAUAAAAGGACAGAAAUUGUAAAUCUGAGGAUUAGCGAUAUCGAUAACCUUAAGUACAGUGGCAUUCGUGGUGCUUCAGAAUCUGCCCAUGGUACAACUGAGCUCAUCAGAACAAUGAAAGCAAAGGGAUUCUCAGUUCUCUACGAGUUCAAAGAGAGAAAUAGCCUGAAGCAUAUCUUUUUCACCAACGAUAUAAUGAUCAAGAUAGCUCUUAGUUUCUUAGAUGUCUUCAUUAUGAAUGCUACAUGCAAGACGAACUGCACAAAGAUGCCAUUGGUUUGCGUAGAGGGUGUCAGCAACUUAAACGGAGAAAGAUUGAAGAUCUUUCAUGUGGAAUUUGCAAUGAUCAUUGGAACUAAACAUGGUGUCUUUGAUAAAAAUCUUGAACUUUUCAAAUCACUAUCAUCUCAAAAAUAUUCUCAAAGUAAAGAACAGCUGGAAAAUGACACCGAAUAUUCUAUAAAAGUUAAGAAGUGGGCUGGCUACCUCGCCAGUCAAUUAAGACAUUUGGACUGUCUGACAACACAACGUGUCCAGGGUGGUCAUAACUUUGAAGGCGAUUACCAGGACCUUAAAUUUAACGAGGCAACCAUCACAGAUGCCAGAAGCUAUCAUGAGCCUCGCCUCCAUGGAUUGAUUAGCCACGUUUCCAGAAUUGGUUUGAUAACAAUCCGUCCCGAGCUUCUAGAAGAGGUUGUUUCUGGCGAGCUUUGCGAUCGCAGAUGUGAAGGAGACCAACAAAUGCAGAAUACUGUGACAAUGGUUGAUGAGCUGGUCGAAGAUGCCGCAAGUGAGGUCAAAGCUUUUGGAAGACCUAGCCAUGGCAAACAAAAAACUGCUCUCUCAAAGGACUUUGUUCUUUUGGACAAGGAGAUGCCUGUGUUUGUGACGAACAAAAAUGUGCAUGAAUUUUCUCUGCUUGCUCAAAUCAACCAAGCUGCCAUUUUGUUGACAUUCAACCCAAAGUCCGAUGGUCGGUGUGGUUUCCGUGUAUGUGCACACCUAAAAGAAGGUGGAGAAAAUCAGCUCCCUUUGGUGAAGAAGAAGAUGUUAGCCACACUGGCGAUCCACAGGAAGCUUUACGAGCACAACGUUGGUUUGGAUGUUGCCAAAGUGACAAAGGUCAUUGCAUUUGGCUCUGAGAUUAACCCAGUACUUGGUGAAAGUAUCUCUUCUUUCCCUUUCUCCGUGUGGUUCUCUGCACCAGACUGUGCUCAAAUAAUAGCUGGCACCUAUAACGAGCCUAUUUUGGUGUACUCGGACGAUUUAAGCGUCUUUCUCGUAAUUCUCCUUCCCCUUCUGAUUGGAAGCCUCUCAAACGAAAGACAUUGUCAAUGGUCUUGCACCAUGGACAUGGGUACCACUGGAAAACAAUCAAAGCCAACCCUCGUGUACAUCGGUUCUGGCUUGGGGUAA